GACCGCGUGGAUUAAAGCAGAUUAAUUAAUUUAAAAUGUUCCCACGGUGAUCGUGACCUUUUAAUAGGCGCUGAUUAAAUCGAGAGGAGGAUGGAGGCUCGAUCGAUUAUUGGAGAAAGUACUGAUGCGAUAGUGGUGGAUGAUUCUCCGACUGAAGAGAAGGAAAUUCAGCAGACUGCUCAGAGUUGCAUCCCGGUGGUUUCUCUGCGCCCCCCCGACGGCUCCGUAGAGGCCCAGCUGACCGUCAUCCCCUCUGCAGAGGAGCUGUGUGACAGCUGCAGCAGCCUGGGCAAACCCUCCUCCUCCUUCCAGCUCUACCAUCAGGUCCCACAGCGUCUUCAGACUGGAGGCUGCCAUUCGCCGUGCCACCAUAAAUGCCCCCACUGCAGCCGUCACGGACCAGUCAAAGCCCACUGCUGCCACAGCUGCCAUGCGGACGGAGGGCUGGCGGUGAAACCCGGGCACAGCUGUGGUUCUGGCCAGCAGGCGUCCUGCCACGGGUCGGCCAGGUGCCACUGGCUGCACGGGUCGAACGAAACCAGAACCAAACCGAAGCAGCGCCAUGUGGCGUCAGUAAGGACUGGAGGACUUUACGUCAUCAUUAGAAAGUAUUCCCAGCUGUUAGUGGACCGACCGUUACUGGUGCUGCUGGUUUGUGCCAUCCUGCUGCUGGGAUUGUCACUGGCUGGACUCUUCAUUGGGUCUCUGCCAGAUUUCUCUGAUCCGCUUCUGGGUUUCCAGCCGCGGGGAACGUACAUCGGAGUUCGACUGUCCAGCUUGUCCAAGCUGCAGCAGGAAACCGGCCCGGGAAAAACUCUUUCUGCUGAGCCACAGCAGCUCAGCAAAAGCUUUGCCAAGGCCAGCGCUGUCAGCAGAGACAGUAAUGGCAGUCAGCUCGUCUCCAGAGGUCGACGUGUUAAGAGGAUGCUGGCUGCUGACUUUUCUCUGGACACUUUCCUCUGUGAUGCUCCAGGCGAGCGCUACGCCCAGCUGGUGUUUCGAUCCGAAAACUCAGCCAGUCUCUGGAGCCUGAAGGCCAUCCACGCCAUGUGUGAGAUGGAGCAAUCCAGGAUUCGGUCCCAGGCUCAGUUCCAGGACCUGUGCCAGCAGCCUGAGAGCGUGGAAUCGGAGGGAACGCCGAGAAGUGGCUGCUGUCCAAGCUGGUCUUUGGGGAAUUACUUGGCAGUUCUCUCCAACGCCUCCUGCUGCCUCAGCCUUACCUCCCAACAGGUCUCAGAGUCUUUGAAUCUUCUCCGGAAAUGUGCUCCAUCCUACCACCGGGGAGAUCUGACCGCGGCCUGUGCAGAGAGACCCAUGCAUGGCGGCUGCCUCGCCGUUCCCUCCCGCUGUAAACAAUCCCGCGUUGUGUUCCAGAUCCUGCACUACCUCGUUGACAAAGACUUUCUCGGCCCUCAGACCGUCGAAUACCAAAUACCGACGCUGAAGUACAGCCUUCUGUUCUUACCCAUCCAGAAAGGAGAGCACAUGAUGGAGAUCUACAUGAACAGCCUUGAAGGAAGAGAUCUGAUGUACAAUAACACGACCAUCACCGGGAUAGACUUUGGUAUCAAGAAGACGCUGUUCAGAUAUUACUUGGUGAGAGAUUCGGUGUUCCCGGUCCUCGCUGUUUUAUCCCUCUUGUUCACCAUGGUUUUAUAUCUCCAGUCCUUCUUCACUGUAGCAUUAUCUGUUCUAGCAAUCACAGUCUCUCUCCUGACCUCGUAUUUCUUCUAUAAAGUAGCUUUUCACCUGACUUUCUUCCCGAUGGUGAACCUGGCAGCAGCUCUGAUUCUCUUAGGAAGUUGCUCCAAUCAGGUUUUUAUCUUUACAGAUUUCUGGAAUCUGCAGCUAAUGCAAAACCCUUCAGCCUCCCUGGAGAAGAGAGUGAACAGAGCCUUACAGGAAAUAGGCUAUAUUAUCUUAGCUUCAGGCUUGACCUCCAGUGCAGCUUUUUUCUGCGGUUAUCUCAGCAGCAUCACAGCAAUUAGAUGUUUCUCGAUUUAUCUGGGGACUGCUUCCGUGAUCAGCUGUCUGCUGGCGUUAGUGUGGCUGCCGUGCUCUUUCAUCUUGCUGGAGCGGUCCAGGAAGGCGCCCGCUGCGUCUGUGGUGGUGCAAACCUGGAAGCCCCACUGCUCCAAAAACCUGGGUGGCUUCUGGGAAACGAGUUCCUGUAAGAGGUGCAUCUUCAGCCUGGUGCAGAAGCUGAGAGAACUGAAAAGAGGCCUGUCAGACACCUCGAACCUGCUGUUUCUGAAAAUCCUACCCUGUGGGGUCGUGAAGUUUCGCUACAUCUGGGUGUGCUGGUUUGCGGUUCUUGCUGCCGGGGGCACAUACAUGUCCUGCGUUGACCCGGGCAUGAGGUUACCCACUCUGGACAGCUGUGUCGCCCAGCUGUUCCGCUCCAGCCACCCUUUUGAGAGAUACGACGCAGAGUACCGCCACAUGUUUAUGUUUGAGAGGCAGAGGAAUGGAGAGGACAAACCCGUCACUGUUCUGCUCGUUUGGGGCAUCAAACCGACUGAUAAUGGAGAUCACUUUAACCCACAGAGUAACGGCUCCCUGGUUUUUGACCCUGACUUUAACAUGAGCAGGCCGGACGCUCAGGUCUGGCUCAGAGAUCUGUGUGGAAGGGUUCAGAACCAAAGCUUUUACUCUGCUCCAACACCAGAAAACAAAGAUGUCGUGACGGAAAACGUCUGCCUUGUGGAGCAGCUGGUGCGCUGGGUGUCUGUCGGGCGGUGCUCAGGAACCACUGAUGCCCUUCAUCUCUGCUGCAGCAACAUCACCUUCCCUUUCCCUCCCAGCGUCUUUGAAAGCUGCCUGAAUAUGAUGCUGGCAGAGAAACACGCUGAGAGCCAUGCGCCUCAUCGUGGAGGCCUGUACUUCCUGCCAAAUGGCUCGGCAGCUGCCCUCGUUCUGGAGUUCCAGACCACCCAUCUCUACAGCUUCAACUUUAGCAGAACCAGUGGUUUUUACAGGGAAAUCCUGACAUGGUUCAACAAAGAAAUGUCAGGAGCCCCACAAGGGCUGGAGAACGGCUGGUUCAUCAGCCAGCUGUCUCUGUUCGAUCUACAGCAGUCUCUACGUUCGGAGACUCUGUUGGUCGCUGGGUUUUCUGUCGCUCUCACGUUUAUUCUGCUGCUGCUGACCACCUGGAACAUCCCACUUAGUUUAUAUGCGACUGUUGCUGUAGGAGGAAGUGUGUUCGUCACUGUUGGACUCCUCGUCCUGCUUGAGUGGCAGCUGAGUGGCGUAGAGGCCCUGCUCAUAUCCUCCGCCGCAGGGCUUUCUGUUGACUUUGUAGCCAACUUUUCCAUUUCCUACAAUUUAGCUCCUCAUUCAGACAAGAUAGGAAAAGUGGCUCACUCUACUAAAAGAAUGGGAUGCCCUGUAGCAAUAGUUUCCGGUGCAUUUUUCUUCAUGGGCAUCGUCAUGCUACCAUCCACUGCCUUACAUUUUAGAAAAAUAGGGAUUUUCCUGUUUCUGGUGAAAUGUGUGGCGUGUGGGUUUGCAACCUUCUUUUUUCAGUCCCUGUGCUGCUUUUGCGGGCCGCAGAGAAACUGCGGAAGAAUCACGCCGCCGUGUUGCUUGGAGGACACAGACGGCGCCGUGCUGCCCGCCUGCUCCGAGCCCGGCUCUUCGCCUGCUGCCAACGGGGCUUUCAGCAGAUCCAGAGGGAGGCGGAGUUAUGACAAAGAGGCAGGUGGUUACCUCGACCCCGACCACCAGCGUCAGCACAGACACAAACAGACCGGAGGAGGAGGUUUGCACAGCGGCGCAGAGCAAUACGAGCUGCAGCCUCUGGCCUUUCGCCUCAGCGACAGCUUUGAAAACAGCACCUGCACCAGCAAGCUGUCCAACCAGCCCUCGGUGCUCUCAGAUGAAAUUGAGUUUUGUGGGGUAGAGGUGAGCAAGAAGGAUUUGGAUCCAGCCCUUCAAACCUCAUCCCCUUACAGAAACAGCCUCCGCCAAGCAGGCCAGCUGCAGGAAGAUGUAGCGACUGGAAAUCUGCUGUGCAAAACCUGCUGGGGUCAAUCAGUUGUGGGGAAGCAAUGGAGCAAUACGUCUUACUCCUCAUCAUCGAGCAUAGAGGAAACCAUCAUCAGCCACACAAUGGAGACCACAGACCAGCAGUCGUUCUGCAAGGAUGAAAAUACCACAAAGGAGGGUCACAAUCAGCACUUCCAGUCUCAGAGCUCCUGCGAAGGCCUGGAGGAUUCCUGCGAAACAUGUCUGAGUGACAUUGAGGCGGGGUCUUCAAACCCGCAACAGGACGAUGGAGAGACGGCGGCUCAGCUGCAGCCAGGACACCUCAACGGCAAGAGAGACAUGCUGAGGCUCUCGCUGAAGGAAACGGUUUACGAGACGAAGGACCGCAGCAGCCGGAGUGAAGAAGUGGUCAUCUUACCCAACAGCAGGCCAGACCUGCCAGACGUCUGGAUAAAGCGAGACGGACAGCGGGAGGACGCAUGUUGAGCAACACGAUGCUGCGGAUUCGCAGUAAUUCAGGACAUUUCAACAUUUAGUGCUUGAAUUGAAGGCAUCAGGACUUACUUCCUUGUUUCCUGAAGACAUUUUACCGCUCACCUUCUGAGGGUUCAAAACGUAGAAAACAGCAGCUGCGUUUCCAUCCACUAUGUAAUUGCGCAUACUUGGAAUAUUUUAAAAAGUUUUAGCGCUAGGAAAGGAUGAUUUUUCAUCUAUAUCUAAAUUAGUCACAAUAUAAACACUUUUUCUCAUCACGCGAGUCACAUGACCAGCAACCGAAUGUUGCCACUGACAUAAACCACAAAGAAGACAGCAGGAAGUAGUUGAAGGUUUGUGAUAUUUUAUGACUUAUCACGUGAACAAACUUAUUAAUAAAUGCUGAAAUUCUGCUGUUUUGACAUGAGCAGAUUAUUGAGAGUUUUGCAACAGGACCGUGAAGGUCUUGAAUCCCUGAUUCACCUGUAUGUCCUACACUGUAAAACAUUUGAAGGUGGUUUAACUUCAAAAUGAAACUUCAUCUGCUGCCUUGAAAAUCCAACUUAUGUCAACAAGAAAAUCGUUUGGUUUUAACUCAUAAAUUAAUAUUCAUGAAGUUAAUUUAACAAAGAGUGAGAAGUUGCAUAAACAUUGUUUAUUAAGUUCAUUAAUCUUGAAUUGUGAGUUUUAACUUAAGGCUGCAAUUUAAACCAGAUAAUUAUUUCACAAUAUGCAAGAAAAAACUGUCCUCUCCUAGUUAAGGAGCCACAUUUCUCUAUUAUUUUUACUCACAAUAUCAAGUUAAAAUAAUGACUUAUUUUACUUUAGAAUAAUUUAAACUGUUGUUUCAAAUUGCAUGAACAAAAUUUCUGAUCUGAUAAUGACUUUUUUUAAAACUGAUUCACUUUGCAAUGAAUUUGCUCAAAAACAUUUAGUGUGAACAGGACAUUAAAAUAAACAUUUGCCUUAAUAAAACACGAGUUGGAUCAAUGUAACGCACUUCCAUCUCAGGAUACAAAAACAUACCACUAAGCAUUCUGGGAAAUAGUUCCCAUUCCUGUUUUUUUCCUCUUUUAAUUUUUUAAAGUGCUAACCUAAAAACUCAACUCUUGGAUGUUUGAGAAAAUUAAUUAAAAACAGUUAACAUAACUUACUGCUGUAAGUUUAUCUUUCACAAACUCACAUUUAGGCUCAAAAUCUAAAAUUGGAUACAUUUAUUUGACUUAAAGAGUAGAAGACAGUAGACACAACUAAAUGCAGGUCAUGUGUUUUACAGUGUAAGAGUUGUUUGGGUCGUGUUAUGACUCAACGUUCAUCUCCAUCUUGUUUGGGCAGAAAAAAUUUGUGCUUGGAGAAAGAAAAGAAGAAAGAAAUCAACAAUAAACAGAGAAGAUGGCUUUUAAUCUCUAACACCCACCUAUAAUCUGAGCAUUCCUUCAGUAAACAGGAGGAAAAAGUCAAUCUGCCUUCUGCUGAAGCACUUAUGAUCAUUUUAAGCAACCUUUUCCGAACACUGUGCAUUUAUUGCUAUUAAUUUAUAAAACCUGUUGUAUUUAUAGAACCACGAAAUCAUGCAAAAAGUUACCAAACGUAAGAAAAUGUGGGCCAACUGCAAAUGUAAGAAGUGACACUGUGUUUAAUGUCGCUAUAAGGUUGUCUGUCUGUUGCAAUGAAGUCAUUCACAGAAAUGGGUCAAAUCAUGACCUUUAACCCCGGCAGAGCAUAACAAAAGCUGUUCAGGCACCAGUUGAAAUCAAGACUGUUGCAUGUUUACCACUGAAAUCUUGACAAAAGCCUUUUGUACCACUGAACCUGAACAUAUCUGACACUCACUGAUUCACUUGUUGUUCCUUAUUAUAUUCAUGCAAAAUCUUGUUCUGCAAAUACACAUUUAAUACUAACCAUUUUUUUUUCUUCUUUAAAAUGUCAAAGUUUGGGCUUCUGAAAUACAAAUUUCAGCUUCUUUGUAGGAGUGGGUUGGUAUAAAACAGCAGAAAAGUGCUAAAAAUACUGUUUACUUUCUGUACAUUCACUGCUGAAAAAGUUAAAUUUUACUGUACAUCAUUACUCACCCACUAUAAUUAAGAUUUAAAAACUUUUCAUAACCGACCCAAUGGUUUGUUAUUGAGCCUUUGCACGUGAUGUCACAGUCUUCAGAACUCCGCCAUGAUGGAGGUCAAACUCCACCAUGAUGGAGGUCAAACUCCGCCAUGAUGGAGGUCAAACUCCGCCAUGAUGGAGGUCAAACUCCACCAUGAUGGAGGUCAAACUCCGCCAUGAUGGAGGUCAAACUCCGCCAUGAUGGAGGUCAAACUCCACCAUGAUGGAGGUCAAACUCCGCCAUGAUGGAGGUCAAACUCCGCCAUGAUGGAGGUCAAACUCCACCAUGGUGGAGGUCAAACUCCGCCAUGAUGGAGGUCAAACUCUGCCAUGAUGGAGGUCAAACUCCACCAUGAUGGAGGUCAAACUCCGCCAUGAUGGAGGUCAAACUCUGCCAUGAUGGAGGUCAAACUCCACCAUGAUGGAGGUCAAACUCCACCAUGAUGGAGGUCAAACUCCGCCAUGAUGGAGGUCAAACUCUGCCAUGAUGGAGGUCAAACUCCACCAUGAUGGAGGUCAAACAACCAAAGUUAAGCCUGCCAAAAAGUGGACAUCUUGGUAGCCUAUUAUCGCUUUUAUUUAGUUCAUUUCACUUUAAGAAUGGUGACAGGAUGUUGCGGGGUGGGUUGUACAGAUAAGGGUGAAAACCAAACUUGUCAUUUUGUUGCAUAACUUUUAAUGAGGCUAUUGGAAGCGAUGAUAGCAGCUGCUAAUAGUAAUGCCUAUCAGCUGGACUUUUUACAAGGUAAGAAGAUUAACGUUCACAUACUUCAUAAGUAAUACAAUUAGAAAAACAGUAUUCAAUAUAGUACUAUGGGAAAAGUACAUGUCUAGUAACCAUGGAAACAAUGCCCACCAUCAUGUAGCCUAGCAUGCAGGGGAAAAACCUGGUUAGCAUCUCGUCUUUUGGUCGUUUUCAAUGCUGCUUUUUGUGACAUAUCAUAUAAAUCACUCCAGGCGACACAUGAUCAACACGUAAAAGGAAGCAGGUAUGAAUCGGUUUCUAAGCUUUUAAGCUAGCUGUUUCCAACUUGUAAAUACCGCCGUCUGUGAGGCCCAACCCGGUGUGUUACGUUCACACACAAAUCAUCUCGACUCGACCAAGAAGAAGCCACAAAGAAACUGGCAAAAGCAACUUAGGGAAACAAUUUCAGUUGCUCUGUUCAAUACACCCAACGUCCAUCAUGGCGCCGCGAAUGAUUCAGCUGCACACGAUUACGGAGCACAGCAGUGCAGCAUUGCUCCUCCCCACAUGUUGCUGCUCACGCUGACUCCAAUGAAUUUCCUAUAUGUUUCCGUUUACUUACAAGUAAGAAAACUUGGGCUGUUUUGGAAGUUUGUCACUCUUCUAAUGCUAGCUCAAAAUUACAGUUGGAACGGUGAUGUCUGCUACAACAGCAGAUAGCUUUACUCCCAGUAUUACGCUGCAAUACCUGUGCAAUUUUCAGUUCCAAAUAAAAACAUUUAGAUUAUUUUAUGUUUUAAAAUUAUAUAUUUAAUUUAUGACUUAUAUUUUUAUGUGAAAUUGCAAUUCUUACUCAAGACAAAAGGACAUUGAGUAUCCCUUAUGGUCAUAAGCUAAAACUUUUAAAAGUGUAUUUUUUUGUACAUUAUGGUGUAAUUAUGCCUUAAUUAUAUGUGUAGCAUGUAAGAUAUUCUGGUGAUACCCCUAAAGCCAUUUAUUAUUGUUAUUAGAAGUCUAAAACAAUCCAAUACAAUCAUUCCUGGAACAAUUUACGAUAAAAAGUGCUCUUUGUCCGAAAGUUGAUGUUUGUUAUUGAGUUGGUGCUUCGACAUUUGGAAGUGAUUUCUUUCCCUCGUUUUGUUCAAUUUAAAUAAAGCUGAUGCAGACAGGUGGUUGGUGUCGAAUCAGAAAACCAGAUGUGGAAAUUCUGUUCAAGAAAUGCUCAGCAGGUCAAACAUCUGAGGUUUUUGGUCAAUCAAUAAUUGGAAAAGAAAAGAAAAUUUAGUUGUCCUGAAGGAUUUAAAUAUAAUAAUUUGUGAUUAUUGCCCAUCACUUUAAAUCACAAACAGAUUUCAAAGAAACAGACAUUUACAUUUUUUUUAAAUCGAAGUAUUGAGCAGAAUGAGGCUGUAAUUUAAAUUUAUACCAGGGAAUUGUCAAAUAUAAACUAUCUAUUUUUAAUCAAAGCAAAACUUUAUUGGUGUCAGAAAAGUAUUUGUCUUUGCUUGUUGUUUGUUUGGGUAAAAAAUGUGCUUUGUGUUCCUCUAAAUGAUAUGAAGUGAAAAAACAGAGGCUUUAGAGUGGUUCAGCAUGAGACCUUGGCAAGACUUUCAUAAAAUGUGCCUCUGAGUUGUUAAAGCUUUUGACGCCAUAAGUGUGAUUAAGUUCUUAGAAAGUCUUUGUUCUAGCAGUCAGCAGAAUAAUCUGCCUUAAACUCAAGAAAGAACAGUCCGGCUUUUUAUUUUGUGGUGGAAAAGACACCUCAGCUGCACCAUCAUCACAUCCAGCUGUCUGAGUUUCCACCUUUUCACAAACCUGAAAUAAAACUUUUGAUUCAGACUUUUGUCGUCUGUUUCUGAUCGUUUACUUCCAAAAGGUGCUGAAACAUAACAGUAAUAUUGAUAUUGUUGAUACCAGCAUUCCUAAUGAUGGUAAACAAUAAAUACACAUGCAAGUGGAUGAAUGGAAAUGUUAUUCGUAGUUCACGUCUAGAGGUAAACCGAUUUCUCUAUCAGGUUAUUUAUCGAUAUGCAUUUCCUUAAUUAUGGGAGAUCAGUGAUUGGG